UGGCAUGUUCCCAGUGCUCUGGUUAGCCCCCGCUCGCUUACUCAAAUUAUAAAAAUAAACUAUUCUUAAAUUGGCGCCUCUUUUUUUCUUUUUUUUGUUCCCUUCAUUAUUUAAAAUUUCGAUAAUUAUAUAAAUAUACAUACCUUUUUUUUUUUUUACAAGUGUUAUUAGACAUGGCUGGUUCCUUUACAUUUGUUAGUAAACCUGGUAAAAAGAUUGCUUUAGAACGAGUUUCACAUCCUUGCCCUAAAUGCAAACAUUAUGCCUCUGUUCAAUUAAUACGGUCUGAGAAACAAUUGAUUGUUUUUAAUGUGAUUUUAUCCAGUGUGAUGCGUGUUCGAUACGAAUGCUCAAAAUGUAAUUGGAGAAACGAAGCUUUACCCUAUCAUCAAUUAGAAUUCAACAAUACCAUACAUGAAGGUCGUCUAAUCACCUACUUUAAUGAAUCCAGCAAAGUGAGCUCCCUAUCCAACUUUGCACACUGAAUACCUUCCCAAUACCACACCCAUAUAUUUAUACUCACUAGAAAAAAAAAAAAAUAGUCAUUCUUUACAUUCUAUUCCACACACACACAAACACACACACCUUUUGUUUUUACCCUUUCCCCUCCAUCACCCUAAAAAAAAGUUAUUUCGCAUUUAUUACAACAUAUCAACACUCUCUCUUUUUUUUUUUCCUGGAGAAAAAAAAAAAAAAAAAAAAAA